AUGACACAUGUAAAUAUAAACAAUACACUCAAUUCAAAAAAUAGAAAUCCAUCAUCUAUUGACACAAAAAUUUUUGUGAUUCAAAAAUAUUUUCAAUUAUGGAGAGCACAACCAACUAUAACUAGUUGUUACGAUCAUGACAAAAAUGGAAUAAAAAGAGUUGACUGUUUAUUUGUUAAAGGAGAGCCAAAAUUCGUCAAAAAUCAAGCUGGAGAUGAUAAAAUGAUUAAAUUCAAUAUUACUUGUAAUUUUCCAGAAAAACUAGGCUUUUGUGACAAAGUUACAAAAAACUUGGACACUACAGGGAAAAUUAUUUCUGAUGUUAUAAAAUUUAGCGAACCUAUCACCGGUGGUGAUGGAGUGGUCAGACUGUAUCCACAAUCAUUAGUAAAGCAAUUCGGACUUGCAACACAUCCGGAGUUUUUACCUUCGGACAUACAAGCAGAGUUUAACUCCGAUCAAGAAUAUUGGUUUGAAGACGAUGUAACUCCAAUCAAUCAAAAUCAGACAGCAUUUGUACUAUUGACGACACACGAACUCAUGCAUGGCCUAGGAUUUUUGUCAUUAUGGCGUCCAAGAUUUUCCGCCAAAAAUGUGACAGAAUUGGUACCAUUUCCCAAUUUCAUUGAUGCUCCUACUCCUCCAGCAAUAAUAUUUAAUGGUUUUUUUGAGAGUAUAUUUGAUAGGUUUUUGAUAGUAUCAGAAAGUGGCACAGCAUUAUCCAGUUUCAUAGCCGAAUUAAAUACUUUUGCAACAAUAGGCACACAAUUUGACUCACUUGAUGAUUUUUAUGCCAAGUUUAAAGCGUCUCCUCAGUAUGUAAAAGCGACUGAGAUGUUAAAAUAUAGCACAACACCUUUAUCACUGGCUUUCUUAGCAAAAGGCUUGGAUUUUAAAACAAUUGUACCAGAUAAAACUGCUAAUGAUUCAUUGUAUUAUUUGGAAACCAGUAUAGUACCUUACAAGGCAGGAUCAAGUGGUACUCACGUGAGUCUAUAUUUGUAUGAAAAAACGAGCGAAUUCAUAAUGGUUUAUCUGAUAAAUCCAGGAAGAGGAGUGAAGGAUGCAAUCAAAGAUGGUGGCAAUUAUGUUGGGGGAGCAAUUGGACCUAAACUUAAGUCUGUUUUUGAAUCAAUGGGCUACACGACUGCAGAUAAUCUAACUCCGGAAAUCCCGACUGUGCCUGAUGUGCCAGUAAUUAUGUAA